AAGUCACAAUAUUCAGUGUCAACGGAUCAAGUUCUUACCCCUAUGGUCAACGUAAAUCCAAGCAAUGAUCAUCUACUCGUCUUUGCCACUAUUCGACGUCCUCCUCGAACGAGCCGAAACCGACACACCAGACGGGAACUGGACGAAGGGACUAGCAAUGACGAUGCUGCAACACUACUUCCCCGUCGCCGACAACUGGAGGACUGUCUACGAGCUCAACUCCAACCACAGAACCGCUGAUUUCCGGAUUCUUCGUUUGCAACGAUUUCGCCUAGACGAUCGAAAGAUGGUCAACCAUACCGUGGCCCUGGCAAAGAAGGACGGAGGGGAUUUGGACGCCGCCUUGAAGCAGCUUGAAGAUGCCCUUGAGCGGACAAACAUAGAGUCCGGGCGGUGCUGGGCAAUGCUUUUCCAUGGCCUGGACUUCCUGGCCUACGAGUAUUAUGAGGAUCUUCCUGAAAACCAGCGGCUUAUUCCAACGGGUCCGCCUUCUCAGCCGUGCAGGAGCAGGUUCGAUAUGCGGACUGAUGGCCUUGCGGUUGAGGAAAUGUUGAUGCAUAUGCGUCAGCAUGAGGCUCCGAGUCCUCGCUGAAUAGUCGUCGCCAAGUUAAAACGGUUCAUGGGAUGCAGAAGUGGAAUGUUGAAUUUGGUUGUCAAGUCAUCAAUUGUGAAUUUGUGGUUCUCAUCGCAAGUACACACAGGACUAGAAAACUC